UUGGGUUAAUUGGGUAGGUGUAGUAGGUCCUCUUUAACUUUCUUUCUGGCCGUUUUACCCUUUUUUGUUGCUUAUUCGUGCUCUGAAUUCCGCGGGAAUUUUCAUGAGAGCUACUCAAGAGAGCUAAUGGACUCCGCCUUACGAGACAGAGACUGGUUGGUCUCCGUCAGGAGGGAGAUCCACGAAAACCCAGAACUUCGUUUCCAAGAGCACAACACCAGCGCUCUUAUCCGUAGAGAACUCGAUAGGCUCGGCGUCUCUUAUUCCUUCCCCUUUGCCAAAACCGGUGUCGUCGCACUGAUUGGGUCCGGCUCUCCGCCAGUUGUGGCCCUACGAGCCGACAUGGACGCCCUUCCGUUGCAGGAACUUGUGAAUUGGGAGCAUAAGAGCAAAAUUGACGGUAAAAUGCACGGAUGUGGACACGACGCCCAUGUAGCCAUGCUCCUUGGAGCUGCUAAAUUGCUUAAUCAACGGAAACAUCAUCUCCAGGGAACUGUGAGACUCCUUUUUCAACCUGCAGAAGAGGGUGGUGCUGGAGCAGCUCACAUGAUAAAGGAAGGGGCCCUUGGUGAAGCUGAAGCAAUCUUUGGAAUGCAUGUUACCUACCGAAAACCCACGGGAAGCAUAGAAUCCAUUGCAGGACCUGCUCUAGCAGCUGUAUGUAUCUUUGAAGCAAAAAUAGAAGGAAGAGGUGGUCAUGCUGCAAUGCCCCAAAGGAAUGUGGAUCCAGUACUUGCCGCAUCAUUUGCAAUCUUAUCAUUGCAGCACCUCAUCUCGAGAGAAACGGAUCCACUCCAUAGUCAAGUACUGUCUGUUACCUAUGUACGAGGAGGGUCGACAUUAAAUGUCAUUCCCUCAUACGUUGAAUUUGGUGGCACUUUGAGGAGUCUCACCAUCGAUGGCCUGCAUCAACUCCAGCAGAGGGUAAAAGAGGUUAUCGAACAGCAGGCAGGUGUACACAGAUGCAAGGCCUUGGUCAACUUGAAGGAAGAAGAGCACCCACCAUACCCAGCUGUGAUGAAUGAUGAGAGGUUGCAUGAGCAUGUGAAGACAGUAGGGAAGCUUCUGCUAGGUCCCAAGAACGUGAUGAUAGGCAAGAAGGUGAUGGCAGGUGAGGAUUUUGCGUUCUAUCAGGAAGUGAUUCCUGGAGUGAUGUUUGGUAUUGGAAUGAGAAAUGAAGCAGCAGGAUCUGUUCACUCCCCACACUCCCCACACUUCUUUCUUGACGAGGAUGUGCUUCCAAUUGGAGCUGCAUUGCACACUGCACUUGCAGAGAUAUAUCUUAAUAAGUCUUCAUCCUUCAAAGAUUCUAAAAUUUGAAGAGAGAAAAGCAAAUUUGAUGAUGUUGCUUGUAUCAU